GUUACUUCAAUUCUGGCAUAGUUAUCAUUAGCAGUAGUGAUGUUGUCAGCUGCAGCAGCAGCAGCAUUUCUGUGGUGAUGUAGUGAUGCGACAGCUUUAGUGAUGCCAGCUGGCGUGGGUGGUGUGAAUUUCGUCUGAAAGUUAUUUAAUGCGAUACAGCAUGGGCUGAGUUUUAACUCCCAGUUGAUUUGCUAGCCUCGCCAGAAGACAUUGCCCUUUUUUGCUGAAAUCUUUUCAUGUAAACACGGCCAGGAGAUGCUAGAGAGUGUAGGCGAUGCUAGCUGAAAAUAUCCCGAGGUUAGGCAAACACAUGGCUGCGAAGAAAGAUGCUCAGCAACUGCCUAAUAUGUUGAGGGCGUUGGUGUUUCUGAUUUGCUAUACGCUAUCACCUUUCUUACGAACGGCGUUUUGGCAGACAGCGUUUUCUGUGAUGUUCGUUCGGUUGUAAAGCUGAUGUUGCGAUGUGUGAGGCCUAUCAGCAUUGGUGGAAACAUGGUGCACUCGUGUGUGAGACAGGAGUGAGUUCGGUCGCUGUUUGUCUGCAGCCGUUCGUACAUCAGGUCGGCGGUCACUCGGGCAUGAUGAUGUUCGACGAGACGACCGUCUGCAAGCCUCUCAUCUCCAGGGAGCGACACUUCUACAUGACGCUGCCGCCUGAGAUGAAGGAAUUCACGCCAGAGUACAGAGGUGUGAUAGAGGUGACAUGUAAGGAGGAUGAGGAAGGCUACGUGUCACUCGUCACGAGCUCGCCGACGCAGAAGAGCAAGCAUGGCAAGACGGAGUUGGAGAGAGCGCGCUCAUCCGUCGUGCGAGAACGCAAGAAGUGGCGAGAGCUGCCGGCAAGGUCAAGGUUACGUCGCUCGAGCAGUCUGGAGAACGACGAUGGUGCAGCCGAGCCCUCGUUGAUAGUGCAGGAGAAGGCGGGGCAGUGGGAGGAACCGCACGCGCCCGGACACAACCCCUGGAGUCUCAAGUGUCACAAGGAACAGCUGAAGAAGAUGCGCAAGAAUGUCAAGAGUAAAGGAGCGAGCACUCAGAAGUUCAUACUGCUGGAGAAUCUGACGUGUCAGUACCGCUACCCGUGCGUGCUCGACCUGAAGAUGGGCACGCGGCAACACGGCGACGACGCGUCCGAAGCUAAGCAGCAGAGCCAGCGGAGGAAGUGCGCUGCGACGACAUCCGCCUCUCUUGGCGUACGCGUGUGCGGCAUGCAGGUGUAUCAAAAUGACUCUGGGCAGUACAUAUGUCACAACAAGUACUAUGGGAGGGGCCUCUCGGAGGAAGGUUUUCGAAAGGCUCUCCUUCAGUUCUUGAACACUGGAAAGAAGGUACGGAGGGAUCUGAUCUGCCUGAUGAUAGAGCGACUGCAGCAGCUAAAGGCAAUGCUAGCCCCACAGAGCACAUUCCGCUUCUACUCGAGCUCGCUACUCGUCAUGUACGAGGGCUACGAAGAGGAGGAGACCGAAGAGAGGCACCCGAAACGUGUUGCCGGCAGAGAGAAGGUCGUUGCGGAGGCGUGCACGUGCACGCGAGGGAGGGCGGGUCCUCAGGAAGAGACGCUAAUCGAAUGGGGAAGCGCGAGAGAAGAAGCUGAGAAACCAGGGGAGAGGGCGUGCAAGCGUUCCGAGCGGAACUUAGAAUCGCAGGAGGAGAAGGUGGGAGAGAGGGUGCGAGAGCGCGCGGAGGAUUCGCUGGCAGGUGCCGCAUGUUCAAGCGACGCGCCAACGCUCUGCAGCGACAAGGAGAACGAGGUUGUGCUGAAGGACGACGGUUGCUGUUCAUGCAAGGUGGCGCCACCGUCACGCAGGGUCGACGUGCGCAUGAUCGACUUUGCGCACACAACUCACGAGGGUUUUCGUGACGACUGCAUCGUGCACAAGGGCCCCGACACUGGAUACAUAUUCGGGCUCGAGAACAUGAUCCGCAUCCUGCAGGAGCUGUAGAAAAAAAAUUCUCACAGUGUUAUCUGUUUAUAAGAAACCCAGGUAAAAUCUAUUGUUAUUUGGUCGUUCUUGGCACCUGCGCUCUACACUGGGGCAUGUGCGAUUUCCUAGAGCAUUUAGCGUCGACGGUUUAAUGCGUCGUCGUGUGGUUGUCACGUUUGCAUCGCUGCUUGUGCACUCACCUUGAUUAAGCUAUGCGCUGACGGCAGUCAUGCGCCUGUCUCCCGACGCUUUUUAUUUUUGGGUAGGAUUUAUUUUCAGCGAUGUCAAUGUGAAGAAAAUGGAGGUUGUUUGGCUAGUAGUACGUAUUUGAUGGGCAGGAGAAACACUGUUAAUGUUAUGUGUUAACCAGGAGUAAUGAAUUUAUAUACAUAGAUUACAUGUGCAUAUUGGUAAAUCUGUAUAUGUGUGUGUAUAAAUAUAUAUGUGUAUAUUGUAUAUACGUACAUAUAUCUAUAUA